UGUCACUUUUUGUAGACACUAGACAGAGAAUAAACAUCGUGGAUGGACAAUUUUAAACUUAUUCUUAUUUCUUGUGAAUACUUUUUUUAGAAAAUGGAUGGUAUUUGUCGUCUCUGCUGUUCCUCAAAGUUUGUCAAUAACUACAUCUUUGAUGACGAGAAUGCCUUGUUUAUAAAAAUGUCACUUUAUUUGCCAAUUAAGGUUUUUAGGGACGACCAGCUCCCUCAGAAGAUUUGCGACCGAUGCAGCUGCAAAGUGAACGAUUUUUACCAGUUUUGCAAUGAAACUAUCGAAGUUCAAAACAGAUUAAAGGCACUAAUACUAGCAAAUAUUCCAAUAAACCAGUCAGUGGAUCUGACAGUCAUCAAACAAGACCUGGAAUUGCCCUCACCAACGCUCGCCCAUCUUCAUGAAAAGAGCACACAAACUGAGAGUCUUAUAGCUAGAGAUGUCAAACAGGAGCCUGAGUGCCCACCCAGUGCGGCCAUUUCACCCAGUGUUAUCAAGAAAGAGAAUUAUGAUUCAGAUGAUUUUGCUUCACAGGAUGUACCAUCAGCCAAUAGCGAAGACGAAUUGCUCAUUGAGAUUAAAAAGAAGAAGGGAAAUAGGAAGCUCAGCCCAAUUAAUGGAGAGGUUCAAGAGGCCAAGAGGGGGAGGGGGAAGAAGAAAGAAAAACAUGUUAAUUGGGACUUGGGAGUGAAGGGCGCGGCGGGCGGCGCGGGCGAGGCGCGCGCGCUGUGCUGCUGCGUGUGCUUCGCGCAGUGCGGCUCGCGCGCGCUGCUGCUGCUGCACUACCAGACGCACGCGCGCACGCACGCGGCCGAGCCGACGCCGCCGCCCGCGCUGGGCGAGCCGCCGCGCUGCCUGCGCUGCCAGAAGGUGGUGCCGGCGCCGCAGUGGGCGGAGCACUGGCGGCGCCACUUCGCGCGCGACGCGCGGCCCUACCACUGCGCCGUGUGCGGCCGCGCCUUCCGCGACCCGCUGCUGGUCCUCAAGCACGGGCUGUCGCACUCGGCGCAGGAGCUGCGCGCGGACGAGGCGGCGGGCGCGGCGCGGCGCUUCGCGUGCGACGUGUGCCCCGAGGGCUUCGCGCACAUGCGGUCGCUGCUGGCGCACCGCACGCGCGCGCACCCCGAGGCGGCGGCGCGCGCGCUGCGCCUGCGCUGCGGCGUGUGCCAGCGCACGUUCGCGCACGCCAACUCGCUGCGCCGCCACCUGCGCGUGCACUCGGGCGAGCGCAACUUCCUGUGCAGCGUGUGCGGCAAGGCGCUGUCGUCGUGGGAGCACCUGAAGUUCCACCUGCGCAUCCACUCGGGCUACAAGCCGCACGAGUGCGCCACGUGCGGCAAGGGCUUCGUCAAGAAGUGCAACCUCACGCUGCACGAGCGCGUGCACUCGGGCGAGAAGCCGCACGUGUGCGCGCACUGCGGCAAGGCCUUCUCGCAGCGCUCCACGCUCGUCAUCCACGAGCGCUACCACAGCGGCGCGCGGCCCUACGCGUGCGCCGCGUGCGGCCGCGCCUUCGUGGCCAAGGGCCUGCUGUCCAUGCACCUCAAGAGCGCGUGCGCCGCGCCGCCCGCGCCCGCGCACAGGCUCAGUUCGCGGUAACAGCGUGUGGCCAUGACGUCACCUCCCAUAUCAUCGGGCCACAUCAUCGUCACUUGUCACAAAUGGAUUCCUGGAAUACAGCAGCUCCUCUAAUGUGAAUAAAAUA